AUGGGUAGCACAGAAGGGGGAAACCAACCUGAGGGGGAAGCGGAAUGUCAUGUGGAAAAAGCAAAGGACGACCUGGACGAGGGAAGUAGCCUGCUCGCCAGCCUGGCCAAUGUGGUGGACCAGAAGGAUGUGGACAAAGUGAACAGAAGGGGAAACAAAAAAACCAAAAAGGAAAAAAAAAAAGAAAAAAGAGAAUACCUAAAGGAAAAGAGGAAGAAAAAUAGACCAGAAGAAAAAAAAAAAAGAAAAGAAAAAAAAAAAAAUGAUCUUUUGAAAAUAUUAAAUGGUCUGAAUUCAAGUGAGAGGAUACAAUUUCUAGCCGAAAGGAGAGCUUUACAGGAAGAGAAAAAAAAAAAAAGGAAACAAUUUUUAAUCAAGGCGUACAAUGAGGGAUAUAAAAUUUGCUACAACUGUAGUUUUUUAAAUCUUAUGGGUGAGAAGGAAGUAUCUAGUUUAGCCAAACAGGUUUUUCUGGGCUACCACUACAUGAUUAAGGAGCAGCUGCAUGUGCAAUUUCAUUUUACUAGCUUGUCCAGCAGCGACGAAUUCUACACACAGCUCAGAGAGAAGUAUGCGAUGGACAAGUGGCACGUCCACAUGCACUCCGAGGACUACUGGGAUGUGUUCCCGAGGGAGAAGAUUGUCGUUUUAUCCCCCGACGCGGAGGAGGAACUAACCGAAGUUCGAGACGACGAGGUGUAUAUCAUUUCUGCCCUGGUCGACCGGAGCGUUUCCAAGAAUUUGUCCUUCUACCAGGCAUCCCUGCACAACCUAGUGACAAAAAAGUUACCCCUGGAGAAGUAUUUUAAAAAAAGAAAAAGCAACGUACUGAACGUUAAUACUGUGGUAGAGAUUUUAAUAAGUUUUUUAAAAAACAAAAAUUGGAUGAAGGUUUUCAAGGAGUGUGUGCCACAAAAAAAAGUGCUCCGCUUCUGCAACGGCACCUCAACAGAGGGACACAAAAAUGAAGACGCAGACGAGGCAACAGAGGCAGAAGCGGGUGCGGAGACAAAAAGAGAAGAACCAUAUGUAGAGGAUAAUUGA